AUGUUUUCAAUGUGGACAAGUAGGACAUAUACAACGAUAUUGUCCACAUCAUUUAAAAGAAUAACAGGGACAGCAAGUGAUGGUACUGUCCCUAGUAAUAAUAAAAAUCCAUCUACACCACUUAUUGUUAGUCUUCAUGUUAAUCAUAAAUUAGUCAAUGCAAUGGUCGAUACAGGAUCAGCCAAUUCCAUCAUUCAUAUCAACACCUUACGUGAAUUAACACAUCGACCACAUGUUAUACAUCAAAAGAAAAUAUAUCGAACAGCAAAUAACAGUGAAUUGCGUACAAUUGGUUUGGUAAAGCUAAAAAUUAAUUUGAAACACAUUCCAACAUUUGUUUUAGCUGAAGUUGCUUUAGAUUUAUGUACUGGGUUAGUAUUAGGAAACGAUUGGAUUCGACAAAAUGGUAUUGAUAUUAUUACUACUGAACAAAAUAUUCGUAAACGUCAAGGAUCACACAUAGUAACCGUCCCAUUUUCAACUUAUGAUCAAGAAAUGUAUUCGGUUUUCCCUAUUCAACGAAUUAACAUUUUACCUGAACAACAAAUGAUCAUACCUGUACGUGUUAAAAUAAAAAAUGCUGAUACAGUUAUAUUUACACCAUCGGAAAAUAUUAUUAGAAAAAAAAGAAUAUUAAUACCAAAUGCGUUAUUAAAAAUUGAAGAUGGAACAACAUGGAUUACUAUUAUCAACGCUAAUGAAACAUCUCAAAAUAUAAAUACAAAAACGAUACUUGGUACGAUUACUUUUUCAACACCAUCUUCAGUAUCACUUCCAUUAUUACCGACACAACAAGUUCCAACAUAUACACCAUCUGAUCUUAAAUGUCGCGUUUGUUUUCGAGAACAUACAUCAAAAAAGGAUUUAUUCGAACAUUUAUAUCAAUGUGGUCAUUAUUCAAAAGGUGAAAUAAAUGGAUUAACUGAACAACUUCCUUCAUUCGUAUUCGAAGAGAUAAAAAAUUUAGUUCAACAUAUUGGAAAUACACGUGAUAGGAAACAAGCUGAAUUAAUACUUAUCAAAUAUGGUCAAUUAUUUGAUACAUCAAAAGCAUCAACAAUUAAUACAACUGUUAAACAUACCAUCGAAGUAAAAAAUGCUCGACCAAUCGUUCAACGCCCAUAUCGCAAAACGUCUGCACAAGAAAAAAUUAUUGCUGAUAUGUGCGAACAAUUUCACCGAGACAACAUCACCAGGCCAUCUCAAUCACCUUGGGCCUCACCGGUAGUGCUACAAAAGAAAAAAGAUGGAUCCUGGAGAUUUUGUAUAGACUACCGGAAGUUGAACGAAGUUACUGAAAAAGACAAUUAUCCAUUACCUCGAAUACAAGAAAUAUUUGAUACACUGAAUGGAUCUCGAUAUUUUUCGAAAUUGGAUUUUCAAGGUGGAUACCAUCAGGUACCAAUCGAUGAAUCAGAUAAGCCAAAGACGGCAUUCGUUACAAGAGACAAGUUCUGGGAAUACAACGUGAUGCCUCAAGGCAUUAAAAAUGGGCCUCCAACAUUUCAAAGAAUUAUCAAUAAACUAUUGGGACAUUUACAAUGGCACUGUGCUUUGGCUUAUAUCGACGAUAUCAUAAUAUAUUCCAAUUCAAUGUCGGAACAUUUACAUCACCUGGAACAAGUACUAUCGCUGUUACAUCACGCCAACUUUCGAUUAAAUGCAUCAAAAUGUGAAUUUGUACAAACAAGAAUUCAAUUUCUUGGACAUAUCAUUAACGAAGAAGGUAUAGCACCAACUCCAGAAAAAGUACGUGCUAUCAAUGAUAUUCCGGUACCGAAUAGUAUUAAAGCAGCAACAUCAUUUAUUAAAAUGGCCGAAUACUACCGGAAUCACAUACCCAACUUCUCCACAUUAGCUCAACCAUUAUUUGAUUUAACAAAGAAACACGAAAAAUUUAUAUGGGGUAUCGAACAACAAAAUUCAUUUGAUAAGAUUAAACAAUUAUUGAUAUCGGAACCAUUACUUCAGUUUCCAAAUUCGGAUAUACCAUUUAUCAUACAAGUGGAUGCAUCAAAUUAUGGAAUUGGUGCAGUACUGAUGCAAGACAAUGGGAAAGGAGAACAACCAAUUGCAUUUAUGUCUCAGAAAUUAAACAAACAACAACGAAAUUGGAAUGCAACUGAAAAAGAAUGUUUUGCUGUUAUUACAUCAAUAAAAAAAUGGAAUUAUUAUGUGGCCGGUCGUGAAUUCAUAGUACGAACUGAUCAUCAUGCAUUAUGUUGGCUCAAUCGCAAAUACAACAGCAACCCGAAGCUAAACCGAUGGAGAAUGACUCUUCAAGAGUAUACAUUUCAAAUUGAACAUGUUAAAGGAAAAAAAAAUUGCGUGGCUGAUUGCCUUUCUCGUUAUCCAGUUUAUUCAUCUUGUGAUGAUGAAAUUGAACAACGUUCAAUAUCAACUCAAACUGAAGAACAACAAUCAAUAGUAGGUGCAGUGAUAACUCGUCGAAUGGAUCAUCAACAUCCACCAGAAUCAACAGCUUCUGCAUCAACAACAGUUCAACAUAUUCAUCAAUUGAACUCGUUAAAUAAAAUUAAUGAAAUUACCGUAUUUACAAAUGAACAAUUAAAACAAAAUCAACAGCAAGAUUUGUCAAUCCAAAAGAUAAUAGAAAAUAUUGAUAAAAAGCCAUUUAACAAUGAAUAUUGUGUAAUGAAUGGGAUAUUAUAUCGGAAUGUGAAUAGGUUUAAUGGAAUUAUCAAGGUGCCGGUGGUGCCAAGAGCAAAAAUAAAAGAUGUUCUAUUAGCAUAUCAUAAUUCAUCAAUAAAUGGUGCGCAUUUUGGCAAAGAUCGAACAUAUUACAAAAUUCGUGAUCGGUAUUAUUGGCCAAGAAUGUAUCACGACAUAGCACAACACAUUAAGUCCUGCCCAAAUUGCUCGAUUAACAAAUGUUCAAGAAGAAAACCAAAUGGUCAUUUAAAUCCAGUUGAUCCACCCAAAGGUGUAUGGGAAAAUUUGGCGAUGGAUUUUGUGGGUCCCAUUACACCAUCAUCAUCAGGAAAUAGAUACAUAUUAGUUAUAACCGAUUUACUAUCCAAAUUUGUUGUUGCAAAAGCUACACGUGAAAAUUCAGCAUUAAGUGCAGCAAAGAUUCUAGUGGAAGAAGUAAUAUUCAAAUAUGGUUCACCAAAUCAAAUAUUAACAGACAAUGGUACCCACUUCACGGCUGAAUUAAUCAACUCCAUUAUGUCUUUAUAUGGAAUUUGUCAUAUAUUUUCAACGCCAUAUAAUCCAAAAUCAAAUGGUGUUUGUGAACGGUUCAAUUCAUCUAUGUGUGAUAGUUUGGCAUCAAUAUGUAAUAGCAAACGAACUGAUUGGGAUCAACAAUUAUCGAAAUCAGUAUUUGCUUAUAACCCAAGCCGCCACGUAGCCACAACAUUAACACCAUACGAGAUGAUAUUUGGACGAAUAUGUAAAUUACCCUUUGACUUACCAGAACAAGCAACAACAAUCAUCGAACCACAUCAAUAUGUUAAACAAUUACAAGAAUAUUUGGAAUCAGCAAAACAAACAGCUCAUACACAAAUUCUACAUAGUCAAAGAAGAUCCAAACAACGAUAUGAUGCUAAUCGUACAAACAACACUUACUUCAUUGGUGAUUUUGUUUACGUGAGACGAUUAGGAUUACAUCAUAAAUUAGCACCAAAAUAUGAUGCUCCAUAUCAAAUAAUUCAACAACUAAAUGAAUCCACGUAUCGAAUACAAAAUCCUAAUGAUCUAUAUGAAAUCGUCAAUGUCCACGUCAAUCGAUUACGUUCAUUUUAUCCACGAACAAAUUCAACAGCUCUGUAUUAA